GUUCUGGCAAAGUCGCGGUCGGGCACGCAUACCAACUUCACCAGGUCCGACUAGCUCUGCUCCUUACUGCGACGCGCCUUGAUUUCCCGCAGUUUCGGCAGCAGCUUAGGUGUGGCGGGCCGACCAUACACCAGGCGCAUCCAGGACGAAUGCGCCACGCAUCCAGCAGACUGUAUUGCUAGCACGAGAACAAUUCGAACGUCGUCACGAUCCCACCCCGCCCAUGCUCAGCGCAACCCCGCGAUGCCAAUGGUUCUGAAGGGUGGGCUCUGAGCGCGACUACGUCAUGGAUGAUCCGGAGAUUCUGUAUACCAUCGAGAGCGAAGAGCAGCUCUGGGACGAGAUACAGCAGGUUGUGCAACGACAAUGUGCCGCCGAGUCGCAUGAGUCCAUAGAUGAUGCCCUGCGUAACUGGCUUUACCUGGCAUCGCGCUGUCGCGACGACUUCUCCCACUCCGAAGAUGAUGUUGCGUUAUGUUCCGAGAAGCUCCUGGAGGGCACUCUUUUCCAUGCAAAUCCGGACUACGUACGGACUCAAAUAAUAUAUAGCCUCUUGCAAGAGGAUGACGUCGCGCCACUGUACGCCAUCGCGACAUUCUUGCUACUCGACGGCCGCAACGAUGAAGACACUUACCGGAAGAUGGUUACGGAAAGUUGCUUCUCCCGGCUUCUCGAGCUCCUGAAUGGUCGCAAGCAUAGCGAUCCUGGGUUGCACAGACUCCUGCUCGAACUCAUGUAUGAGAUGUCCCGAAUCGAGCAGUUGCGAUAUGAAGAUCUUCUUCAGGUCGACGAUGGGUUUGUGACCUAUCUUUUCCAACUCAUUGAGGAGCUUUCAGAUGAUGUCCACGACCCGUACCACUACCCCAUAAUACGAGUCCUUCUGGUCAUGAACGAACAAUACAUGGUGGCAUCCACGACUGCGAUGAGCGAAACCAAUACGCCGCUGCCACCACUCACCAAUCGAGUCAUCAAGUGCCUCAGCCUGUACGGACCUCACUACAGGACAUUUGGAGAGAACAUCAUCCUCCUGCUCAAUCGCGAGACUGAAACAUCAAUGCAGCUGUUGAUCCUGAAGCUGCUGUACCUGCUCUUCACCACCAAGGCCACCUAUGAAUACUUCUACACCAACGAUUUGCGUGUUCUGCUUGAUGUCAUCAUCCGCAACCUUCUUGAUCUGCCCAACGAGCUGAUGUCUCUACGGCACACAUACCUACGGGUCCUAUAUCCCUUGUUGGCUCACACGCAACUCAGUCACCCACCUCACUAUAAGAAAGCCGAGAUUAGCAAGACCAUGCGACUGCUAGCAGGGGCUGGCAACAUUCACUUCGCACCGGCUGACGAGACUACACUGAGACUCGUGGAUCGUGUCAGCAAGGUCAAGUGGUUGGCGGACGAAGGUUCCGGGGCGAGCGAGAUUGCGCGCAAGUUUCUAGGCAUCAGUCUCACUAGGAAUGAGUCUGCAAGCAACAUCAGCGUUGUAGACGUAGCUGCCGUCAUGGAGAAGCCAGGCGUGCAGACGCCGAGUCGGAAGGCAGAGGCAGCUGAAGAACAAGCUGGAGAGCAGGAUUCCGGAGCAGAGUCCCCAACAACACAACACCCGUCAUCAAUAGGAUCUGCCACGGCGCGGAGACCGAAAAAGCCACUUCCGGAGAUCCCAAAACAUCGCCAUGGCAAUCCUUGCGUGCCCGCAGUGCUUCUCAACGGCUCUGCCGCGAGCACGAUUGUCAAGAAACUGCCGCCCAAGGCGCCUCCGCCACGCCGUACUGGGAGGCUGAAAACGAGCAUCCCAUCACCAUCGGGGGUUGAGUCGCCGACAGCAACAAUAGCUGCGCCAGAGCAGACACUUUGAUCAGGCUAUUUAUCGGUGCGAUCUCGGGCACCUGUUUGAUUUUUUUUGCGUUCGCCCCUAUCGCGGCGAGUGGAGUUUAGGUGUGUCUACUAGGGUGCGAUGGUUUUCACUGUUUCUGCUUGCUCUCUAGGUUUGGG